AUGGCCGUCAAUGUUAUCGAAUCCUUUUUAUUGUUGGUUGAUCGCGCAGCAAACGGACAAGAUUCUCUUGCAUCAAAUUUAAUAAUCGAUGGUUGUAAGUUCUUUGAAACCUUGUGGUAUCACUGCGAACAAGAUCGAAUUGAAUUCGCCCAAGAAAUUUCUGAGGAAAAUUUAUCGAUAACAAGGAUUCAUUGUGAUUUUAUUCGCUCUGUGGUGACAAGUUACUCAUAUGCCGCAAAUUUUAUCAAAAAAUUUGUUCGACUUGAAGCUACAUUAGACGUCGAACAUUUAUACUAUGAAGCUCUAGAAAGUGAACCUGAGAAUGGGGAUAAAUUCAGACACGUCUCUUCAGUUUUAGAGGCACCGCCAUACUUGUUGAG